GCAUAAGUGACCUUCAGCUGCUGAGCCGCGCUUUGAAGCGGUGUGUACCCCUAUCAAUUUCCGUAGUCGCCGUAAGAUGCUUAAAACAUUGGCAGACAUACCUACUUGGAUUUCAUUUGCUAAAGACAAAAGUAAUUUAGCUUCAAGUUUGGGGUCUCGCAUAAGUUUGUGGCGUGGAGACAUAACACAUCUUCAAAUUGAUGCUAUUGCGAAUGCUGCGAAUUCCCAACUAAAAGGUGGCGGAGGAGUUGAUGGAGCUAUUCAUAAGGCAGCUGGAUCCCAGUUGUUGUCAGCCUGUCAGAAACUUGGUGGUUGUCCAACUGGAGAUGCGAAAUUGACUUCGGGUUUCAACUUACCUUCUAAAUAUGUUAUUCAUUGUGUCGGUCCAGUUGGACGAAAUGAUGCAGCAUUAGAAUCAACGUACAAAAAGGCACUAGAGUUGUGCUCUGAGAAUAACAUUAAAUCUAUUGCAUUCCCUUGCAUUUCUACCGGCAUUUACGGUUUCCCAAAUGAAGCAGCUGCCAAUGUUGCAAUUCGUACAGUGUUGUCAUAUCUUAAAUCUCACCAAGAGAUUGAACGUGUCAUCUUUUGCAUAUUCAUGGAUAUCGAUUAUAAAAUUUAUGAACGUUUAAUUCCAGAAAUACUAAAUUCAUACAAUUAAUUCAGUUUUCCAUACAUUUCUGGAAAGAUUUGAAUUUUUAAAACUGUUCGGUUAACUUUUGUCCAUCAUUCAUUCAUACAGAUAAAUUUGAAGCAUUUAAAUACUUCAUGGUACCCGGGUUAUCUUGUUUCCACUAUAUUAUUGUCAUUAUGUAACUGACUCUAAGAAAGAGUUUAAAACAUUGAAUGUUCUAUCAAAUUUUCAUACUUGUUUGUCUUUUUGUCAUUGGUGUCGUUCACCUGGGUUAUGUCAU